AUGAACGAGCUGCUGCAGAAGCAUGGCUGUUCCAACGUGUUCUCCGUCCCUGAAGGACUUAAGGAGCUCAUGUCUGAUAUUACACGUGAGGUGCUGCGUUGGCAACCAGCCAAUUUGCUUGAUUUCAUCGCCAACUACCUAGCAGCGCUACUGAUAACCCGCGAGCACGGGGUCAUGGCUGUCAAAAUACUAGAUGAGCUUUGCGACUGUCGCCCCACUGUGUCAGAACAUUUGCUGCAACUUGGCCUUAAUAGAGAAGAAGCAAGUGAAUUAGCUACUAUUAUUAAAACUGAGAUCGAGGGACACGAGCCUGUGGAAGGAAAAGAAAAAGUGAGAGAACAGGUAAUUUUGAAGAAAAUCCUUAAUCGUUACCCUCUUAGUGAAGAUAUGUCAGUGAAAAUAUGCGAUUUAGCAAGGAAUGCUUACCGAGACUAUUGGUACAGAAAGAAUUUGAUGAAGAAGGACCUAAAAAUAACGCCAGAGGAAGCGUGGGAGAAGGCUGCUGAGCAUACGCUAGAAAUUUACAAGAAGACAAAUCCAUCUAUCAGUGAACUACAUCGAGCUACGCAGAGGAUUCAAGCUGCGUACAGAGGUUACCAUCUACGUAGAAACGUACUGAAGCACCUUACGGCUGACAAGAAAAUGCGGAAGCGGUCGCGCAUGGAUGAGAUGCCGGGGCCACCGCUAGAUGUCGCUCACUCCAGGGAAAUAGAUCUAGGCCCAGUUGUAAACGUUAAAAUCAAAGAAGAUGAUGUUAAUAAAAUGUUCGAGGAUGAGAAAAUUCAAAAGUUUGGAAUGCAGUACGACCCUAUGAAAACUAUCACGCAUACAGAUGACGAUGAGUUUCUAAUGACAAAGAAGUCUAAAACAAAAAGUUCCGCUUUUGAUAUAUUGGAAAUGCCACUAUCGAAGCAAAGUGUAACUACAACUGAAGAUUAUUCCGUUCUGACCGAAAUCGAGAAAACAAAAUCGUCUCCAAUACCUAAAGCGAUUAGCAACCGAAGAAUCUCAUUUUCUGAGUCUCCUCCGCUCAUCAUUAAGACGCCUAAAGAGGAUGAUCUAGAAAUACCUGAGAUGAUUACUGGACUAAAUCUUACACCCGAGCCACCAGCAGCUUUCGAAAUACCCGAAGAACUUGUCCUAAGAUACCAACCAAGGGAUCUGUACAAGUUCAUAACCGACUACCUGGCAGCCAUGUUAGUAACGCGAGAAAACCUUUCCAUUGCUGGACAUAUUUGCGAAAACUUAUCAAAUUGUAGAUGUGAACUAGAGUUGGAAACUGAACUGAGACAAAUAGGCGUGUUCGAGGACGAUAUAGAGACUGCAAAAAAUAUCAUUGUCAAUUAUUUUGCUAAAGAUCAUGUAAAAGAGUCCAGUCUCCUGACGAAACUGCUGGAAAAUACCGAUAUAGACGAGAACAUGAUCCCGGCAAUUCAGGAAGUCAUCCGCAGUGCGUUCAUGAGACGUCAGGCGCAAAAAUCUGCUAUUUUUGAGUCAUCAUCGGAUUCAGAGAAAGACAGCGUUAAGUGUGCAGCCAAACAUACUCUGAACCUAUAUAGGCAGGCAGCAUCAGCUGAUCAGAUAAAAUAUGAAAUAAUGGCACGAAAAAUACAGAGUGCCUACAGAGCUUAUGGUGUGAGAAGAGACUGUAAAUUGGGAAUACCUAAAGUAACGAAGCCUGCCGACAAAGUUGAUGGUCUGGUAGACCCUAAUAUUGUACCACCUCUCAACCCUCACGACACAGUCUAUCCACGGCCAACCUCAUCUGAAGAAGCAUGGUCUGGAAACAAUACGAACUGGACCGAGCUGAAGUCUGGCAGCAUUUACAUCCAUUACUCCUGGUACGUUAUAAACAUCACAUAUAAAUCUUUGUACUAUAUUGAAUACACGUUCUUCUUCGUCUACAUCAUCGACCAAAUUCAACGUGCCAAAGGUUUGGUAACAAUAUCUUCAACAUCAGUCGCUGGAUCAUUUUUGACACUACCAGCGCUCAAGCCGUAUUCCGUCCACGACGAUGUUCUAUCCUCCUUGAUAGAGACUCCAGAAAGAGAGCAUGGCUGCAUAGACUAUACUGAUCCUAACCCACAUUUAUCCAUAGUGGCAGAAGAUAAACUAUACUAUGCGCCGAAUAAAGGGAAUAAUACUGCCAAUGCAGAUAUGUUUUAUGGACCAUCAAAUAAUUAUCUGUUUCAUGACUCUGAAUCUAUUGAAAAUAUAUUGUCUGAAGAAGAUAUAUUCUAUCGACCUGAUCAUAUGAAGAAAGAAGACAGUUAUGAUGGAGACACUGAAAUAGGAAACAGUGAUGGUAGCGAAUCGAAAGAAGAUAGGGUUAAAGUUACGGAUCAGAAGGUGGUGGAUAAAGAACAAAUAAAUUAUUGUAUUCUCAAUUCAUUAUUAAUUUUGGAAGUGUGGGAGAGCCAAGCUUUGGCACGAAUGGGUCGGCUGCACCGGAGUGACACCACGGCCUUACAGAAAACCAGCGUGAAACAACCACAGCAUUGUGUUUCGCCGUGUGAGUGA